GACAACAAUACAAUCCGCCCAGACGCAACUUAUACAUAAUGCAUAGAUCAUUUUUAGCUCCAUUGUCGAGAACUAUUACUGCUCGUUCCGUGGCAUGCAACUCCGCCAGAGUGUUUAGACCAGUUGCCACUUCUAUCACCUACCCAGGAUCCUUUGGCGUUCGUUUCAACUCCACUGGUAAAGACGCUGCCAAGGAGAACCAAGCUGGUGCCGAAGCUGAAGCUGAAGCUAAGCCAGCAGCUGAAGAAGCCAAGGAAGAAGCUAAAGAAGAGGCUCAGGAAGUUGACCCAGUUGCUGAAUUAAAGGAAAAGUUGGACUUGAAGGACAAACAAUUGGCUGAAAUGAAGAACCAUUACGCUAGAGCCAUUGCUGACUUCCGUCAUUUACAAGAAACUACCAAGACUGAAGUUCAAAAGGCUAAGGACUUCGCAUUGCAAAAGUUUGCAAAGGACUUAUUGGAAUCUCUUGACAAUUUCGCUUUGGCUUUAGGUCACGUCAAGGAAGAAACUUUAGCUAGCAAUGCUGAAGUCAAGAACUUGUACGAUGGGGUUGACAUGACUAGAAAUAUCUUCUUAAGAACCUUGAAUAGACACGGUAUUGAAAAGAUUGAUGCUAUGGACAAGCCAUUUGAUCCAAACAUGCACGAAGCUACUUUCCAAGUCCCUCAACCAGGUAAGGAACCAAACACUGUUUUCCAUAUUCAACAAGAUGGUUACACUCUUAACUCCAGAGUGUUGAGACCAGCCAAGGUUGGUGUUGUCAAGGGUGAAGAUAACUAAAAGCUCGGUCCAUUGGUUUAAUGAUUUUUUAAUGUCCAGAAACAAAGAAAAGUAAAAGGUGAUUCUUGUAUAUAAUAUCUUUCGGUUAUUUCCCACUUUUUCACUGUAUUGUACUUAUACAUAGACCAUGAUGUUUUGUUAUGUAAGUUUGUAUGAUGUUUGCGCGAUGUAUGUUAUGUGGUAUUU